AUGUUCGAAGGUGCAAUAGCGACGUUUUUAAAUCGGCUUCUGGGGAAGUAUAUUGAGGAUUUGGAUACGGAACAGUUUAACGUUGGUAUCUUUUCUGGCGAUACUUGCCUUACUGAUCUUAAGUUGAAACCCGAAGCUUUGUAUCAGCUUGGUUUGCCUAUUAAAGUAGAAGUUGGUUUGAUAGGAAAGAUUGUUUUAAAGAUACCAUGGUCUGGUCUAUUUUCUCAACCAAUUAUUCUUUGUAUUGAGGAUAUCUAUAUAGUAGCUGUACCAGCUGCUUAUGGUCCAUAUGAUGCAGAAAUACAAAAAAAGUUGAUAAGAGCAGAAAAAAAGAAGAUAUUAGAAGAUUUAAAGGAAGAUGAAGCAUUUAAAACAGAAUUAUUUAAUAAUUUUCUGGCAUCAGUAACAAAAAACUUUCAAAUUACAAUAAAUAAUAUACAUAUUAGAUAUGAAGAACAGCUAAAUGAAACUCUAUGUGCUUGUGGUAUUUGUAUUCAAAGUGUUUCAGUAAUGACUACAAAUAGUAAAUGGAAACCUGGUAUUUGUACUAAUAAUUUGAGUACAAUUUAUCAAUUAAUAAGGGCAGAAUCAUUAAGCAUAUAUAUGGAUCAUGAUACAGAAUCUGCACUUACAUGCAUCAAAUGUAAUUGGGACAUAUCCAGUUUUCUAGCAUGGAAAAGUACAAUGCACAGAGCCUUGCAAACCUUUGGCAUGAAGAAUAAAGAGUUUCAAUUUUUAUUGAAACCAUUUACUGCAAAAAUAAAAGUAAUUAUACAUAAAGGAAAUGAGGCACAAACAUCUCGCAUGUUGGUUGAUAUUGUCCUUCAUGAUGUAGCAAUGCAAGUUUCCAAAGUACAAUACAUUACUUUUUGUUAUCUUUAUAAUUCAUUAUUACGUGCAAUUAUUAACAAACCAUAUGUAAAAUAUCGUCCAUGUGAAAUUGUUAAAAAUAAUCCCUCAGCUUGGUGGAAAUAUGCUUAUAAUUCGGUUUUAGAUUAUAAUGUUAAACCUUAUACUUGGACAAGAAUUAUUGAACACAGAAAAAACUACAGAAAGUACAAAGAAGCAUGUUUACAAAGUUUGCUCCGACCGAAUGACGCAGAACUAAAACUGGAUUUACAAAAAUACGAAGAUUGUUUGACUAUUUUAAAUAUAGUAAUAGCCAGAGAACAUGCCAAACAAGAAUUGAAAAAUAAAAUAAUUGAAGAAAAACAUCAAAAUAUGAAUAUCAAUAUUUCAAUACACAAAAAAGUUUUAGUUAAAAAUGUGCAAGAUAAUGGCAUGCAAGGACAAAAUAUUAAAAAGUUGCAUCAUGUUAGUAAUGAUUCAGGAAGAAAGAUAGAAUUGGAAAAAUUACCUCAACCAAUUGAUUAUAAAUUCAAUUUUACUUUAGCAAAUUGUUGUUUAAGUCUUUUAAAUCAUAAUAAAGAAAUCCUUGUUGUAACUAUAACUCAGCUAUUGACAAGUUUUGAAAUACGACCUGUGGUAUCUGCUUUUAAAGUGUCUGCUCGAGCUGAAAGUUUUGUAAUUGAAGGUAUUUCGGCAGAAGAUGAUCUAGUGCCACUAAUUAUGGUGGACAAUGUUCUAACAGGGAAUGUAUCAACAAAUUUUUUAGCAGUAGAUUUUGAGAAAAAUGGAAAAAACGUAGAUCCCACUUUUGAUGUUUCUAUAAAGCUGGAAGCUGUAGAAGUGACUUAUAAUUAUCAUGCAAUGAUGGAAAUCAUUAAAUUUUUUAAAUUUAAUGAUUCAUAUAUUCAGACAUCAAUUUUGUGGGUGUACGAAUUGUAUGAACACAUGAAAAGGAAAUUUUUGAUUUUAAUAGAUAAUAUGAUAUCUCAAAUGCUUCGAAUCAGUUUCAAAGUAGAUGUUAAAGGACCAUACAUCGUAUUUCCCGAACAUGGAUCAAUACAGAAAGGUGGACACAUUCUUGUAGUGGAUUUUGGUAAUAUGAAUUUAUAUAACGAACUUCAAGCUACCAACUUGCAACUUGAAGAUGCAACACUCAUGGAAUUGGAAGAAUUACUAUAUGACAGAAUUCACAUUGUAUUUUCUGGUGCUCAAAUACUACUUUGUCACUCUGGAGAUGAUUGGAGAUCAGCAAGGAAAAAAAAGGAUUCUGAAUAUCAUUUUCUAUCAAAGGUACAAGCAACUACAACUAUUUCAUGCAGUAUAAAACCAGAAUAUCAUCAGUUACCAAGGAUUAAAGUCAAUGUUUCUAUUUCGAGUAUAAAAUUUAAUUUAUCAGAAAAUAAAAUACGAUUGAUUGUUUAUUUCUUAAAUUUAUUACUGUUGGCAUAUCAACAGAACAUAGAAAAAUAUGAAGGUGAUUUAAAACAGUAUAUUUCUAAAAAAAGUUUGAACAAGAUUUUCACAUCGAUCAAAGAGCUUAAAAAUGUACAAGAUAGUGUAUGUUUAUCAUCAAUUGAAACGAUACAAAACAAAUUCACACACGUAACUAAGGAUCUUCUGACAAAUCAUGUUCAUAAACUUGAUAGAAGUGUUGUAUCUUCUGAAGUUAGUGAAGAAGAUUUAGAAUUAUUAUCAAAGACCAUAAGUUUGUCUGGAUUCGAUGACAAUAUAUCUCCAUAUAAUCAUAUCAAUUUCUUGUUGAGAUUUGCUAUUGGAGAGAUAUCAGUUCACUUGGGAAUUAUUCAUUGUGGAAGAGAAGAACCAUAUUUGAAUUUAAGAUUACAUACAUUGUAUCUUGAAACUGCGAUAAUGGAAUAUGGUCCUGCUAUACAAUUUGGUAUAGGAUCUGUUCUUUUGGUAGAUAAAACAAAUGCUGGAGUUACUGGAUCAUAUUUGGAAUUAAUAUCUACAGAAGAACCACAUGAAGUUUUUGUUGUAUCAUAUCGUAAGGUCAAAUCGAACUGUCCCGAUUUCAAGUCUCACUUCAAAAGUAUUGAAAGGUCUCUUGCUAUAAAUAUAUGGAAUAUUAAUAUAAAUUUUCAUAGACCAGCAUUAUUAAAAUUACGCGAAUACUGGUGUAAUUUAAUGAACAUUUUUGAAAACAAGAAUUUGUUCAACUUCAUGGAGAGUACAUGUUAUAAAAUUGUACAAUGGAAAACAAAAGAAGACGAUCCGCCUAUUCCUCCUGGUGCUAUAAAGCUAAACUACUCUGCCCGACUUAGCGUUCUCGUUGUAAGAUUUUGUGAUAAAGAUAUGGAUUUAAUAGAAAUGCAAGUUUUGGGCCUAGAGAACGAUUGCAUUUAUAAUGCCAAUGAAAGAAUGGUGUUACGUGCGCACAUUAGACGUCUAUCGAUUGAAGACUUGAACGAGGAUACACUCUAUUCAAAACUUUUAACUACAGAAGAGGAUAAGGUUCUUGACCUAAAAUACGUAAGACAUAUGCCAAGACUAUACACAAGUUCGUUAUCGGACAUCGAUUCUCAGCAGGAUGAUGUGAUGUCAGAUGGAACAUUUAAGCUAUCCAUUGGGAGGAUGAAUUGUGUGCUUAUUUGUAAAAUAUUAUAUGAUUUAAAGUAUUUUUUAUCACCAUUUACUUCUACAUAUUGUUUCCAAUUUAAAGAGUACCUAAUUAACAAACUUAUGGGUGGAAUUGGAGAAUUUAAAAAAAGUGCAACGAAAUUACACAUUUUUAUUGAUAUUCAAGGUCCUAUAUUUCUGUUGCCUCAAAGAAAAGAAGUUCCAAGUCUACUAGUAUUAAAUACAGGAGUAUUAUCAGUCGAAAAUUUUUUCAAAAAAGUCGAUCAGUCUAUCCAGAAUGUUAAAAUGACCGACAAUGACACAAACCAAUUAAUAAUUGAUAAUAUUCUAGUAAAAUUAAACAAUAUGACUGUAUCGAGAGCAAUUAUGACACUUAGUCGAGAUUUGGAAAUUCAAGAACCAAUCAUUGAGCCGGUGCAUAUUCAUUUUGAUAUUAAUAGGAAGACAGAAUAUCGUAGUGCAAUGGAAUUUCAAACAUAUGGGUUAUUUAACAUACAAGGUUCUAUGGAUUUUGUGUACAUUAAUUUAAGCCAAAGAGAUCUAAAAUCUAGUAUAUUAGUGUGGAAAGACAAUGUUUCUAAAAUUAUUUUAUUCAAAGAUAUGUACAAUAAUGAAUCACAAUCUGCCAUAACAGGCCAAUUGAAAAAAAAUAAUGAAGAUGCAAUGGUAAAGAAAUUGGAAGAUUUUCUCACACACAAUGAGAAUUCUGUAUGUGAAAUUAAUACAAAAUUAAAUUUAGAAGGAUUACAAUUAAAUUUGUUUUUAGAUUCUGAGGAGGUAUUAAGCUCGCCAGUUCGUGAUUUAAAUCAUGGUUUAUGUAAAUUAACGUUUGGAGAGAUAAUCAAUACAUAUGCAUUUUACAGUGAUAGAAGUCUGAAAAUGAAAUUAUCUCUCCAGAGCUGCCUUUUACAAGACACUAGAAAAGACUCUCAAAGUAUAAAAAGAAUAAUCCAAUCACCAGCAAGACAAAUAGAAACGCAACCUGAAUCUUGUAUAUCCAUUUCAAUGUCUCCUAUUGUCGACAUUACAUACACUCGUGCACCAACUGGAGAGAAAUGCUUUGAUGCACUUAUUCAAGAAGUUAGAAUAAACUUAUCUGUACCAUUCGUCAUAUAUCUGACCCGAUACAUUAUGGAUUCUUUUCCGAGCGAUCAGUUCGAAGAAGGAAUUAUUAAUCAUGGAUAUGAAAAUAACAAUUCUACAAUAAGCAGGGAUAUUAUUACUGCUGAAAAGAAUAAAUUAAAAUAUGCACGAUAUUUUAUAGAGGAACGAGAUGCUUCAGUAUCUGUAAGGAUACGUAAACCAGAAAUAUUAUUUUUCGGAGACUUGAAAACAAAUAACGCACACAUGAUUGUAUUACAAGCCGAAGUAUCGAUAGAAAGUAGUAGACAUAAUUGCUCAUCGUCAAUCGUUUACACGCUUUCUGACGUGCGGGCCAAAUCAAAAAAACAAGGCAAUUAUUCGCACCAUAUUCCUUAUUGGUUACUAUGUCCCUGCGAUAUCGAAAUUUGUAGAAAAGAAGAAGCACCCGAGUUCAAUAUUAAUUAUGUCAUCGCAGUGAAUAAGAUCGAUGUUCACCUUUCAGUAGAAAUUAUACACACAUUUAUCAGUAUACUGAACGAAGCUACAAGCUUUAUAGAUAGCAUCAAUGUGAAAUUAGAAGAUAGAUAUGCAAAUGAAGAGUUUCAUAUGCAUACUAAUUUGUGGACGCCAAAGAAAAUUUCGAACAUACCAUAUAAAAAAUUACAUGAUUGUUUUACAGAUGAUUCACAUUUAAUUUACGAAUGCAGUGAUCAAGUGGUAACUGUUAAUUUGAAACCAUUAAUGUUAUGUUUGCUAUUGGAGAUAGAACAUUCAGUGGAAAGAUUUCCUGUUAUAAAAGUAGACAGCAUAAUUACAGCUUUUAUUAAUGAUUGGUACAAUGAUUUUAGUUUAGAAUCAAAUAUCAAAGUUCAUGCAUUCUGUUACAAUGUGGACUAUAAAAACUGGGAACCUCUGAUUGAUCUAUGUUCAGAAGAUGAUAUAACCUACAGAUCAUGGAAAUUAAUAAUAAAAAUGCAUCAUGGUGAAGCAUUCAUGAUAAAUUCAAAUUCAACUGAUUCAUACCAACACAUAAAGCAGGAUACAUCCAAGACCAAGAGAAAAGGUUUGAGGAAUAUUGAUCAAGAUAUUACAGAUAUGGUUUUCAUAACUCCAGACCAUUUAACUAUAACAAAAUCAAAUGAAAUAGGAUUAUAUUCAACAUACGAAGAAGAUUCUGAUACAGAUGAUGAAGGACAAAAAAAGUUGACUAGAACUUCUAAUUAUUUAUUCAAUAGUAAUAGUAGUGGAGAUGAAGACAGUGACAGUGAAAAUUCCAGUACAAAUGAAGAUGAAGGAUUAGAAUUGACACCUGAAUGCAAUGUGGAUUCUUUUGGACCACUUGGUCGCGAAUCAAUAAAAUCAAACGAUAUGGCGAUAUAUAUUAUCGCAUCCACAGAAGACAAACUCAAUGUAGUAAUUACUCCAAAUUUAAUUACCGUAAUGGAUAUUAUCAUGAACGCAUUUCAACAAGCUACUAGUGGAAUACCAAUAGUACUUUCUAGUAUGAAGAAAUUAAAUCUUCAAAACGAUAUUGGCCAUGAGAGCCGAAUCGUGCUUUUUAUUCCAAAAGAAAAUAACAAAAAUUCUAUUCAAAUUAUUGCCAGUCAGGAUUAUCAUAAUAUUAGCCCAGCUGCAAGUAUUCCUAGCAGUCCGGAAUUGGAGACUCAGUCAGAUCUUAUAAGUCCACAGUUAGUCGACAAUGAAACGGAUUUUCCGGAUCCAGACAUAAAUUUACAGAAUCACACAUUGUCGAUGCAAGAAAUAUUUGAAGAAGAUUCUUCAGUCAGUAUAUACAAGACAAUUACUGGUGAAGUCUUGCGUGUUAUUUUUAAAGGUAUUAUCAAGUACAAAUAUAUCACUAAAAAAGUAUCUAUAUCUUUUAUUAUAAUCAUAGGAUUUGAAGAUGUGUUGGUAUAUUGUCCUAAAAAACAAGGAUGUAACCUGAUUCCACUUCGACCUAUUAGACAUGAAGUUCGCUAUCAUUUAAUCAUAGAAGCUACUAUUAACAAUUACUUAUAUCGUACUAUCACCGUUCGAUCACCUUUACUGUUUCGAAAUGAAACUUCAUAUGCAUUGAGUCUUUAUUAUAAGAAAUCAUUACUAGAUAAAUUGGGACUUACUUGUAUUGGCAAACCUACAAAUCCUUUUGAUGACAACAUAAGAAUGGCAAUCAUUGAACCUGAUUCAACUUACAGUAUUCCUUUAUACAUAGCUUAUCAUUUUCCUAUAUACAUACUGCCUGCUUAUUUAGAGAAAUAUCAAAUAAGUGAAGAGGGGAUUUAUUGGAAAGAAUUAAAUGCAACAAUGAAUGUGAUUAAGGAUAUAUGUUGCAAAACGAAAGAAGAUGAAACUGUAUCUGUAUUUUAUGUUAAAGUUUCCUGUAAAGAAAUUCCAGUGACCACAAGACCAAGUUGUCAAGUACCAAACUAUGUAAUAAGCAUCCAUUCCCCUCUUAUAUUCAACAAUCAGCUACCAUUCGUUAUAGAUGUUCAUAUACCUGCUAUUAAUUAUGAAGUUAAAAUUGAACCAGGAGAAAGGAUAAAUAUGCACUCGUUGAAUUGUAAUAUCGAUAUUCAAUUUAUUUUUAAGAUUCAAAAUUAUUUGGGUAUAUAUUGGACCGGAAUGACAAAAUUAAACACAAAUUUGGAAAAAAAAUUUGUUGUAAUGAAUACAGAUAGUGAGUUAGAAUCGACUAAACCAUUUUUAUUAUGCAUAGAAUUGUGUAAGAUUACAAGUUGGCAUGUUGUUAUUCAGUCCCAAUAUUGGAUGAUAAACAAAUCUGGAUUACCUUUAUUCAUUCAGGAGUGUCACUCUCAUGUAAUUAAUGAAAUACCGGAAGAAGAACUAAUGGUAUUUUCUCAAAAAAAUAAUAAGAAAACUACAGUCAGAUUAAGAGCACAUCAAUCUGAAUGGUCUUUACCCUUUGGACUGGAAGGAAUUACUUCUAUGUCAUUGAUUGUAUGCAAAGAUAUAGAACGAGGAAGAAAGUACAGAAUUCUAACAGAAAUUGAAAGUUCUCGUCUUUCUCCUAAUUUUACCAAGAUUAUCACAUUUCUUCCCUAUUUCUACAUCAGUAACAAAAUGAAAAGAACCCUGAGAUUUAUGGAAGAAAAUGAUCAAGCAGAUUUGUGGAAUGAUCUUCUGUCUGGACAAAAUAUACCAUUUUGGCCAGUCACAGAAUCAAUGAAAAUGAGAAUAAAAUGGAGAAAUAGUCAGUUGGUAUCGCAACAUUUCAGCAUUACACACGUGGGAAAAACAGUAUUGAGAAUGGAUAAUGGAUCAGCAGUUAGUGUAGAAAUCAAAGGUGGCAUUAAUUCUCCAUAUUAUAUUAUAUUUCAAAAAUACAUAACGGGUGAUAUACCACUAAGAAUAGACAAUUUUUGUGAUGAUUUGUUUUUAAAAAUUAGUCAAUGUAAUUUAGGUCAAGUGGUGCUGAUAAAUCCAUUCCGAAGUUUAUUGUAUACUUGGGAUGACCCUACAAAAUCUAGGGAACUUAUUUGGAAUGUAUACAAUAAUAAAAAACCUGGGUAUAAAGCAAAAUUCGAACAGGAUGGAUAUGGUCAAGAAAUUGUACCACUGUUGAUUGUUGAUAACUGUAAUGAUGGUAUAUCUUCCACUUCUUUGAUUAAAUCUCAAAAUAAAUCAACGUGUUUGGAAAAUAAAUUUGAAAAUUAUAACAAUGACAACAACAAUUGUAAAGAUGAUGUAAAAUCAUCUGUGUUGAAACAUACACAAGUAAAUAAAACGAUAGUUUAUUGGGUAAGUUAUAUGGAGGGAGCCCAACGAAUUUUGUUAUUCACUCAACAAGAAACUGUGUUUAUAAAAGCAAAAAGUAUUGUUGAUCCUGAAUCUAGUAAAAAGGAGAUAUUUCUUUCUUUUGCUGGUAUUGGAAUCAGUAUUAUAACAAAAGCUAACGAGACCUUAAAAGAAUUAGUAUAUGCUAAUGUAACAAAUUCUGCAGCUCAUUGGGAACUUUACUUCGAUAAAAAAUGGAAGAGUUUAUCAUUAGAGUUGAGUGCUUGGAUAGAGAGCAAAUAUGUUAAUUCUUGUAAAAAAGCACAAUUAGAAAAUUUCAUUGAUAUUGAUCUUGUAAAAAUGCAUAUGACCAAACCAUUUUUUGGAAAAUUAAAAAGAACAUAUUCUCCGGGAAUUUGGUUGCAUUGCAGAAAGUCUAUGUCACUAACCUAUUUACAAGGAUAUGUUCAUAGAAUACAGGUGGAUAAUCAAAUUCGUAAUACUACAUUUCCGGUAAUUUUGUAUUCAAAUUUGCAAAAGAGUAUUAUUAACUAUGCUGGAAAUCAUAAAUUGAAACAUUGUAUAGAAUUUACAUGUUUGAAACAAAGAAAGCUAAAUUAUGACAUUUACAAGAAUGUUUGUAUCAUAGUUAGAGAAUUCGAUCUGAAUUUACAAGAAGGCUUCCUUCUUUCUUUAAUUGAUUUAAUUCCAAAGAAAUCAGAAACUAAGUAUUCUAUUGCGGCGAAAUUAAGGAAGGAUAUUUCCAGUAUUCAUAUUUUGCCUUCCAAUAAAACUGAUAAUAAUGCCACUAUUAAAAGGAAGAAUGUGAUAGAACAUAUGUAUAUUUCUCCGAUCUUAAUACGCUUAAUAUUGUUGGCCGAUACAGAAAGACCUAAUAUUUACAAUAUUAGUGAUAUAGCAGAUUAUACAAAUAUUCUUCGAUUUAUUUUUCAAUAUGCUGAAAAGGGAGGAUCUGAAAAGCAUGCUGAACUCAGACUUCCAUGUUAUGAAAGAAGUUUUGUCACAAUUGAUACUGAUGAACUUUUGUUAGAUUUAUCACGAUCUUAUAUGGUUCAAAUUAUGCAACAAUUUCAUGUUUUAAUCCGUUCCACUACUGUCUUAGGCAAUCAAUGUGGUUACAAUUUUAGAUCACCUGGAGAUAAUUUCUAUGAACCUAAUAUGUUGAUUCUGUGUGGAGAUGAAAUAGCAGAAAAAUUAAGUUACGAAAUGGCAUGCCAAUUGGGCUAUGCUACUUUAGAUACUACACAAAUAUCAAUCUUUAAUUUUAACAUUAAUACUCAUCUAAUUCAGUCUAAGGAACCAUCUAUUCGAAAUAAAGAUGUACCUCCUCUAAGUCUUUCAAUUCGUACUUCCUUUUCUACGGAAAUUGAACUAGAAACUUGCAGCUUAGUAACUGCUUUUAUUAGUAGUAUUCAUCAAGAAGAACUAAAAUAUUUCUUUAAAAUUUUGGGGAAAAAAACGUCAAUAUUUUUUAAUUCGGAAAGUUCCUCUCCAAAAGCAUACUCGAAAAUAAUAAUAGAUAUUAUAAAAAGGGCACAAGAAAUAGGUCAUAAGUUUAUAUCACGUAUACGUUUACCACGGUAUACAAAUCCAUAUAAGGGUGUCGAAAUAUUCUCGAUGCAUAAAGCAAAAGGAAUGAAUCUUCUAAGUAUAAUUAAUAAAAACCCCGGUAUCGAAACAGACACAUAUUGGGCACAUACUUCCUUGUCAAACGACGGGAAACAUAUAGUUCUUGUUUCUCUGCAACGAUUAUAUUUCAUUGAGAAAGGUUGUACUUGGGGUUCCUUAAAUGUAAAGUGGACUUUGGAGACACAUCAAUUACUAUCACCUCCAACAGUAGUUGACAACAAACUUAUUUUACAUGUAAACAAGAAUGAAGAUACUUUGUCACCCAUGGUAGAUUGGUACCUGGAGAGUGAAGCAAGAGAUAUUCUGGAGUGGCUGUGCCAGAAAAUAAAUAUUGCGAUGAUCUUGAACAUGGAGAACAGUACAUGUUCAAAGCAAGUCGUAUAACUGGAAUCCAAGCUAUAAAAAAAAGAUAAUUGUAUAUUUAAAAUAGUCAGGCACAAUAAAUUCUCUAACAAACGCAAUACUUCCUUGUGUUUAUAUUGAAAACCUAUAUCUAAAAGCAACAUUAUCGUU